CUCGUCAUGAAUCUGAUUUCGGGCCCAGGUAUGCAGAACAUAGUGACCGUAAAUGCAUGUCCUCGGAGGUCUCAACGCAAGAAAUUUGUAACGGCGCAAGUGGUCACUCGCCCAAAGCACCACUCGAGGAUCAACAACGGACAAGAGUCUCUAUGCAGCAACGGCAACAGCCACAGCCAUCUCAAUCGCCCAAGGAAUCCAUCGACAGAUCCAACUCGCAGAACCAGGCGAUCACCCACGACGGGCUCACGGACGUGGAGGCUAGUCCGCAGGCUUGGCAGAUUUUCUGGCAGGGCCUGCGCAUCAAUGCAUCGAUAGCCCCGCAGAGCCAGGAGGAUUCUGUAGAAUACGAAAAAUAA